CAAAAAAGCAAACGCUUACCAUGAAGCCACCAUUGACUAUCCUCCCUUGCCUGAUCAUAAAAGUAAGAUGGCUUCAAGUUCCAUAGAGAUCGAAGCAAAGCAGAAUCUAUAAUCUCCUUUCAAUUCAGUCUAUGGAAGGCGGGAGCCUUCACAUCUUGAUGCUGCCAUGGCUCGCCUUUGGCCAUCUUCUACCCUUUCUUGAGUUCUCCAAAUCCCUUGCCCGAAAGGGCCACCGCAUCUCUUUCCUCACCACCGCAAGGAACGUAGCGAGACUCCCCGCCAUCCCCGCACCUCUCACCCCCUUCAUCAACUUCAUAGAAAUUACUCUCCCUCAAAUCGAACACUUGCCGGAGAACGCCACGGCGACAAUAGAUCUCCCUUCCGAUGAUCUCCGUCCAUAUCUAAGAAAAGCCUUUGACACUUUGGACCAAAAGCUCUCAGAUUUGAUCCAAAACAAGGAAAUCUCAUCUCUGGAUACCAUCGUUUAUGACUACGCCGCCCACUGGGUUCCACAGAUCGCGGCUAAGUUUGGAGUCCCCUGCGCGUUCUUCGCCGUCUUUAUGGCCUCAUCCUUAUCCUUUUUCGGCCCGCCGUCGGCACUAUUGGGCGGCGCAGGUGCUCGGACGAAAGAAGAGGAUUUCACCAAGUUGCCUGCCUGGAUUCCUUUCCCUUCCACCGCCGUCUACCGCCCUUUUGAAUCUCGCGAGCUCUUCAAACCAGGAUGCAUUCCAGAUGCAUCUGGUGUAUCUGAAACUUAUCGGUUUGGAAUAUCAAUACAGGGAUGUCAAAUCGUGCUCAUCCGCAGCUGCAAGGAGUUGGAGCCCGAAUGGUUGCAGCUUCUCGGCCAGCUUUAUGAGAAGCCAAUCAUUCCUGUAGGACUUCUACCACCCUCAAUUGAACAAGGAUGGCACGCGGCGCUUGAUUGGCUGGACAAGCAAGAACAGGGGUCGACUGUGUAUGUUGCCUUCGGAAGUGAAGUGAAGCUAAAUGCCGCGCAGGUACAAGAGAUCGCCGUCGGACUGGAACUGAGCGAGCUUCCUUUCGUCUGGGCAUUGAGGGCUGGGUCGGUCCCCGCCGGGCUGGUGGAGAGCAUACAGGACGGUGGCCACGGGCUGGUUUGCACGGACUGGGUUCCUCAAGUUCGCAUCUUGGCUCACGCUUCCAUCGGAGGUUUCUUGACGCACGGCGGCUGGAACUCUAUUGUGGAGGGGUUGGCGUUUGGACGGGCGAUGGUAGUGCUGCCAAUGAUAUUCGAGCAGGGGCUCAAUGCGAGGAAUCUGGUGGAGAAGGGAUGCGCCGUCGAGGUGCCGAGGAAGGAGGAUGGGUCGUUCACGGGUGAUGGGAUUGCGAAGAGCCUGAGGUUAGCGAUGUUGGAAGACGAAGGUGAAGAAUUGAGAACAAAGGCGAAGCAGUGGACGAACGUGUUCGGCAAUGAGGAACUAAAUGACUUGUAUGUGAGUGAAUCAAUUGAACACAUGAGGCGAAGCAGACUUGGCGGCUUAGAGCAUUCAACAAAAUAAUCAAAUCUUUUGUUGAUUAAUCAAAUGCUUGAUGUUUAACAAGAACCAUCGAAGAGGUUUGUAUGCUGUUACUAAUCUUUAUUUCUAAUUAAGAGUAAAUCACUCUCAUUAGCUUAA